AAAGUAAAAGAUUAGGCAUCAGCGCUUCUGCUGUCUAAAUUGUUGAUAUUAGACUGAUCGUGUAAAGAGAUUUCACUUCUCUGGAAGUAGCUCAGCAACACAAAAGUUCAUUUAUUCUCAAGACUCACACAUUAGUGACUGGAGUGAGUUCAAACAUGAAAAGUGAAAUCUGACAUCACUUUCAGCAAAUACAAGCGACACCUGAAGGAAGGCAUGUCUCAACAUGAACAAGUCACAGACAAAGUCCUUAUGAUUAGGUGAACGUAGAAAGUUUAAAUGCCAAAGGAUUGCAACAGCAGGAUAUCCAGUGUGGGAGAAUGCAAAUCAAAAAACACAUUUUUAUUGCAGCCACUUCUUAGGAAGACAUUCUUGGACGGGGUCCACGUGCCUGUGAGUGUAUAUAAGGAGGUUCAGAGAUGAUGAACCUCAGUCCUGCACACUCAGGCAGCUCAAGAAGAGAAGGAGACGCACAGCAGCAGAGAUCCUUCAUAUCUGAGAAGAACAAAUCAGUUGAAGACUGAGCCUUCAGUAGAUCCUCCACUCACUAAUUGAAAAGCUUUAAGAUGAAGACAAGUGUUGCCAUCCAGUGCAUCGUUCUCCUGGCCUGCAUGGCCCUUUGCACUUCAGUAGUUAUUCCAAGGUGCCGCUGUGUGAAGACCAGUAAGUCUGUAAGGAUCACUCUCAUCACUCAACUCAAGGUUCAUGACCCUCGUCCACACUGCAACAAGAGAGAAGUCAUUGUCACACUGAAGGAUGGGAGUGAACGGUGCCUCGAUCCUGAGUCACAAUUCACCAAAAUGCUGCUGGAAAAACUGAAUCAGAUGAAAAAUAUUCCCGUCAGCCCUCAAACAACCACAUCACCAGCCAUAGUGCAAGAAUCACCAUGCUUUAAGAUGAAGACAAGUGUUGUCAUCCAGUGCAUCGUUCUCCUGGCCUGCAUGGCCCUUUGCACUUCACUAGUUAUUCCAAGGUGCCGCUGUGUGAAGACCAGUAAGUCUGUAAGGAUCGCUCUCAUCGCUCAACUCAAGUUGGAUGAGCCUCGUCCACACUGCAACAGGAGAGAAGUCAUUGUCACACUGAAGAAUGGGCGUGAACAGUGUCUCGAUCCUGAGUCUAAAUUCACCAAAGAACUACUGAAAAAACUUACACUGCAUCUCCACCCCCCAGCUGCAACCGCUCACCUACCCGGCCUGCCUAAAGAUUCGCUACCUGGUCUGCCAGUGGACUCGCGGCACAAACUGCCGGACGAAACGCCACCCAGCCAGUCGCCGCCUCCUUCUUCCCAGAGAAAGCGGUGGUCACGCCGCCGUCAUCCUUCGCUCGCCAAGCAAGCUCCGGUGGUCAGUAAAAGUGACUGUUUUACGCCACCCAGCCAGCUCAUGCCAGCACAGGCUUUUUACAAAGCACUGGGAAUAAUAAUUGUUCCACCCAGCAUCUCCACACCUCAGGAGGAGCAGCCACGUCAGAACUGCUCCACAUCACCAUCAGCUUCCCUUGCUGCUCCCACUCCUUCUGCCAGGAGGAAGCGACGUCCACGCUACUGGCAGUCAUCAACAGCGGGCUGGCAUCAUCACCGUCGUGAGCGGCCUUCUGAACUGUGUCACCGCCGUCUUCCACGCGGCCAGCCUCCGGACCAGCUCUGUUGCCGAUGA